CUGCGCCGCGCUGCGUGUACAGUAUAGAAGUGCAGAAUCCUUGGACCCAAGAUUGUCAGAGUUACGGCCAUAGACAAAGACCAUAGACAUCUCUGGGCCGUACUAGCUUGCAAUUCAUCCAACCAAUCCUGUGUAGAAGCAUUUGUAUGAAUACUACCAUCAGCAUUUUCCAUAUUAAUGUAGCACUGGUUCUAGACGUGGGGAAGUCUGCAAUGCAUGGCAUGUUUUCAAAAGAUGCUGCUGGAGCAGAUGCUGCGAUCUGCGUUGAGCAUAGCCCGGUCCCAGGCACGAUGUCUCCGGGCCUGCACUGCGCCGAUCGUUCUGCUUUGUCCGUCAAGAUUGAUGCCUGGUGGGGCACCACAGUUUCAGCAGCCACAGCGAAGAAACAUUUGGGGCUGGCUUAAUGCCAUCUUUAACAAGGUGGACGCGUCCCGAAUCGACUCAGUGGGUCCGGACCGCGCGUGCGCCGAGUGGCUGCUGCGCUGCGGUGCUCACUUUCGGUGGCGCAGCCAGCCCGGCUGGCAGACCGAUUACAACUCGCUGCCACCUGGUGGCAGUAAAAAGAACUACAUCGAGGAGAUCAACGCCGACAACGCGGCCAUCAUGCACAUCGGAUUUCAUCACUUCAGAGGUCUGUCGUCGCUGCGCAGGAUCCGGUUUCACUACUGUGGCUACCUGGAUGAUACGGGUUUACGCUACCUCGAGUACCUCUCGCACUCCCUCGAGUCGCUGGAGAUAAGCAGCUGUGGCAACGUCACCAUGGACGGCCUCCGACACCUUGCCAAGCUCAAGGCCCUAAAGGAGCUGCGCCUGUUCGACCUGCCAGAGGUGGAGGACCGGGCGGCGUGCGUGCGCGAGCUGAAGCAACUGCUUCCGGGCUGUCGAAUCUCGUUCCCGCCGCCCCACCAGGACGAGCGUACCAAAUAGGAGGCUGGCUGCUGCGGAUGAGCCGUCGGCCCGCUGCCGGCGCCCCGCCGCGCCGGGAUGGAUCCGCCCGCUGACGAGUAGAGGGGUGUCUGAUAUCCUGACUUAGCCCGGGACCGCCGCAUCGUUGUGAUAGAUGGCGGUGGUGUCGAGAGUCGCGGCAUGCUACGUAACGAAGUGCACCGCUGUGCUCACAGCCGCUCACUUAAUCCCGUCCAGCUGCCUUACGUGUCACUUACGCUGUUUUGGAGGGACUCGGCUAGGCCUACAGACAUGACGCACCGUUAUCAUGGCUUGGGCGGCUGGCUGCACCAAUCGGUUUGCGGAUUACUUUGAAACGUAUUACAUUGUUCAGCUAUUUCGAGCUAUAAUUGGAGCUUCAACUCCAGCACAUGUGACUUAUACUUGUGCAAUUUGCACCACAUGCGGUGAAAUUCAGACUGUUUUGCCUCAAUACGCCCACGCUUGUACGUGUCUCUUGAUCACAUCGGUGUUCCUGUGAUGAAUGUACACACGUGGCAUGGAUAUCAUGAAUGCUGAACACGUGCGGCUUUGAGAACUCCCGGAUUGUUAAGGGACGUUCUUAGAUGCUGAACAGCAUGCUGUUGCCAAACCAUUGUAAAUGGAUUUUUGAUACUGGAGUCGUGACACUAAGUAUGGUAGUCACAACGAUAAGUGGGAAUAGGACCACGUGUUGUUGUUUUUUUGGUUGUAAGGUCGCUUAGACCAUUGCGCCCAUUUUCGGGAGCGGGCGUCGCAGCCUGUGAAACACGAAGUGUCUAAUUGACAUGGCCAAUGCCAGUACGAGAAAUAUAAAUGACAGUCGGGUUGGUUGAAUAAACCGAUAGUUUAUACAGAA